ACGUCACCUCACUUCCGCUGGUAACCGGAAGUUGGGGGUCUUGCAAGUAUGGCGGCGUCGAAGGUGAAGCAGGACAUGCCCCCACCAGGGGGCUACGGUCCCGUCGACUACAAGCGGAACCUCCCUCGCCGGGGACUGUCGGGCUACAGCAUGUUCGCGGUGGGCAUCGGGGCCUUGCUCUUCGGCUAUUGGAGAAUGAUGAGGUGGAACCGGGAGCGCAGGCGCCUGCAGAUUGAGGACUUGGAGGCCCGGAUUGCUCUCAUGCCGCUCUUCCAGGCAGAAAUGGACCGGAGGACCCUGCAGCUUCUUCGGGAGAACCUGGAGGAGGAGGCCAUCAUCAUGAAAGACGUGCCUGACUGGAAGGUGGGUGAGUCUAUGUUCCACACCACGCGCUGGGUGCCGCCCCUCCCCGGCGAGUUGUAUGGGUUGCGCCCCAAGGAGGAGUUGGACAACGCCAACUACGGCUUCACCUGGUACACGUAGGGUCCGAGCCGACGCCCACAAUAAAGAAUAGUCAAGUAAACGCCAUCAUGUGAUUCUCUUACGGAUCCCUCUACACCUGUCUGCUACCCGGACUCCUCAGGGUUAAGUCAUCCCUGUGCUUUGGCCAAUAGCUGCACGCAGUGCCUCUCA